AGAACUCUCCAUCACCAGAAUGAUACCCUGGAGACAGUGAUCCUGGUAAAUCCUAAUGUGGACGGCGUCGUGUCUGAGGUCCGCUCACUGCUGUGUGAUUCAUCAACACACAAACUACUGAUCCUCUGUGGUCAGAGCUCAGACCAGGAAGGAGACUUGGUCCUGCAGACAGGGACCUUCACUUACCAGAAGUUCAUUGAGAUACUUUCAGACCCAGAGGUCACCCAGAUUCUUAGCAACACUGAUUCAGAGACCAAGGCCUCUCUUACAGUGUCAUACCUGGGAGAAGGAGCCUGGAGCAACCUUGAGCAUCCUCAAUUUCAGGAAAUUAUUAAUCUGAAACUGAAUCCUGAUCCAGUUCUGCCAGAAAUGGAUGGGGUGUCUGAGUUUGCAGAGUAUGUCUCUGAGACAGUUGACGUGCCAUCUCCGUUUGACCUCCUGGAGCCACCCACCUCAGGGGGCUUCCUGAAGCUUUCCAAGCCCUGCUGCUACAUAUUCCCUGGGGGAAGAGGUGAUUCUGCUCUCUUUGCUGUCAAUGGGUUUAACAUCCUUGUGGAUGGUGGCUCUGAGAGGAAAUCCUGCUUCUGGAAGCUGGUAAGGCACCUGGAUAGGAUUGACUCAAUCCUGCUCACCCACAUCGGUGCAGACAACCUGCCUGGCAUCAAUGGGCUGCUGCAGAGGAAAGUUGCUGAGCAAGAGGAAGAACAAUCUCAGGGCUCUACUAACUACAGUGACUGGAUGAAGAACCUAAUUUCUCCUGAGCUAGGGGUGGUUUUUUUUAAUGUUCCCGAAAAGCUGAAAAUGCCUGAAGCAUCCAUGAAAGUGAAGAGGAGCAUCGAAGAAGCCUGUCUGACACUGCAGUAUCUCAACAGACUGGGCAUUAAAUCAGAGCCUCUCUACAGGGUGGUGAGCAGCACCAUCGAGCCCAUCACACUCUUCCACAAAAUGGGAGUGGGUAAGCUGGACAUGUAUAUACUGAACCCUGUCAAGGACAGUAAGGAAAUGCAGUUUCUGAUGCAGAAAUGGGCUGGCAAUAGCAAGGCAAAGACUGGCAUAAUUCUUGCAAGUGGGAAAGAAGGUGAAAUUUCAGUUCCCUAUCUCACAUCCAUCACAGCUCUAGUGGUGUGGCUUCCAGCCAGCCCAACAGAGAAAAUUGUCAGGGUUUUGUUUCCUGGAAAUGCUCCACAAAAUAAGAUACUGGAAGGUCUUGAGAAACUCAAGCACCUAGACUUCCUGAGGUACCCGGUGGCUACUCAGAAAGAUAUCACUUCUGGAAUACCUCCACCUGUGCUGAAGCAGACCAAAAUUAAACAAAGAACUGACAGUAAAGAGAGUCUGAAAUCUUCCCCCAAGCCAUCUGCAACAAAGCAAGUCAAGAAAGAAGAGGCAGUUGAGGAGGGGAUUAAGGAAGCAAAACUUGAAGUAAAGGAUGCUAAAAUUGACAAAAAGAUUAAAGAACACACAGAGAAAAUUCCUGAGAAACCUGUUAAACAUGAAAAGAUAAAGACAGAAACAAGUGAUGCUCUCAAAGCAGAGAAAAGAAAAUUGGCCAAAGAUAAGGCUGGAAAAAAGCAUCUCAAAGAGAAAGUGUCCAAAUUGGAAGAGAAGAAAGACAAAGAAAAGAAAGAGAUUAAGAAGGAGAAAAAGGACUUUAAAAAAGAUGAUGGAAAGAAAGAGGAAAAAAAAGAUUCAAAGAAAGAUGAUAAAAAGAAAGAAAACAAACCGGAGGCCAAAAAGAUUUCUAAACCAGACUUGAAACCAUUUACCCCAGAAGUAAGAAAAACAUUGUACAAGGCAAAACUUCCAGGCAGACUCAAAACUGAGAAAAACAAAGUCAAACCUGAAAAGGAAGUACCUGCUGACCUAAAGACAUCACCAGUGGAGAUGGAGCCAGGAGAGACUUUGACAGCAGAACACAGGUUAGUCCUGUCCUCACCAGAAGAUCUUACAAAGGACUUUGAGGAACUGAAGCACAGGGAGAAAGGGGCCUUGCAGAUCACUCAAGAACUGUCUGACAUGGAGGUUAGUGAUAAGAUUAUGAGAGCACCUGAAGCAGAGACUCCUGAUCAGGGAAUAACUACUACUGAUAUGGGAAAAGAAUCACUAGCAGAGGAAAAGGCUGACAAAGAACAGGUGCCAGCCCAGACAGACCUCAUGGCAAAGGGUGUUUGGGCACCAGUGGUCAGAGAAGAAGAGAAGGAGGAAGAGGAGAAAAUCUCUUUGGAUAGAAAACAGAGGGAAGCACAAACAAAGACUUGUGAAAAGUAUAUUGAGGAUCCAGAGGCACAGCAAGUGGGUGGGAAGGAAAAAAAAGAAGAUGUGAUAGAAAAGGCAGAACUGGAAAAAAAGGAAGAAGAGCACGUGAAAGCAGAGGAGAAGGUGGAAAAUAAUAGAGACUUCUAUGAGCUGAAGCAGGAUGAGAGGGAGGACAAACUGUUCACCACUACAGAGAAGGAAAAAGAAUUUAGUGACCUGGGUGAGAAAAACAAGUUACUUGGAAAGGACAUAACAAAGGAAGAGUCAUAUCUGAGCAGCCUGCCAGUCCCAGCAGGAGUAACAGCAGAACAUGUUUCCUAUAUCCAAGAUGAAACUAUCCCUGGGUACUCAGAAACAGAGCAGACCAUUUCUGAUGAAGAAAUACAUGAUGAACAGGAAGAAAGAAUCCCACACUUGAAGUACGAUGUCAAUGCCUAUGACAUUUCUGUUCCUGACCACCCAGGCUCUUUUGAAGCAGUACAUGGAAUACAGGCCACACCUCCUGCUGACCUUUCAGCCAAGGGCUAUGCUGCCCAGGAGUCUGAAAUCCUGGCAUAUCCUACAAACAUUGUGGCAGCACCUCUAGCUGAGGAGGAGCACAUAUCCUCUGCUACCUCCAUUACAGAAUGUGACAAACUUUCAUCUUUUGCAACUUCAGUAGCAGAAGAUCAAUCUGUUGCAUCUAUAACAGCACCACAAACAGAAGAGACUGGAAAAAGCUCUUUGCUUCUGGACACAGGAAACAGCAUGCCCUCCUCUCGGACUGAAGCCACCCAAGGUCUUGACUAUGUUCCCUCUGCUGGCACAAUUUCUCCCACAUCGUCCUUGGAGGAAGACAAGUGCUUUAAAUCUCCACCCCCUGAAGAUUUCCAUGCAUUAGCAGAAGGAGAAAGAAAACUAGAAGCUCAAAAAAAGGAUCUGCAUGAAGAGGUGGAAGAUGAAGAGGAUGAAGAAGAUGGGACUCCAAAUAUUGAGAUGCCUGAGAAACUCAGAGAGCAUUACAGUGCCCCCAUGUUUGCUGCCCAAGGGUGCCCCGAUGACGUGGCAGUCAGUGUUCCUGCAGAGGUGCCGCCGCUGCCUGCUGAGGAAGCACUGUUUUCGCAGGCUGACUCUGCAGAGGCCGAGGAACGAUGCACCAGCCCUGACGACAGCACAGUCAAAAUGGCCUCUCCCACCCCAUCUGGCCCCACCAGUGCAGGGCACACACCCUUCCACCAGUCUCCAGUGGAGGAAAAGCUGGAAACAGUAGAUUCAGAUCUGUUUGAGAAACAAACAGAUGCUGCUGCCAAGAAACUGGAAAGCCAAACUUCUCUUGUGGUGAAGGCAGCCAAGGGUGAGCCUCUCAGAGAAGACGAGAAAGCCCUCUCAGAGAAGGCACCUGCAGCUAAACCCAGACGUGAAAAAGAAGUACCUGGACCUGUGCAGCACGCACUGGGUUUGGGUAGUGAUGUUCCAGUGUCUCCUGGGAAGGAGGUGCAGGAAGAACCUGUGAGGAGGGAGGAGCUGCCCUGGCUCUCCUACCACAAGCAGGACACAGUGGCAGUUGGGGAGCAGGAGGAGCAUUUCAGCAUGUCCCAUCCUAGCACAGAGCCAGAAAAAGAGCAAGGAACCAAAACCAUGACAGAAAGUUUAGUGGGAUUUUCAAAACACUUGUCCUUUGAGCCAUUCUCAACCACAAAAACAUCUCUAGAAAAUGUGAAUCUCCCACAGGUCACAAGCCAAAGUAAAUCUGAAAGUGAUGAACCUUUGAAAUUUUCACCAGAUGACACCAAAUCACUUCCUUUUGCAGAAAAAAGCAUUGGUAAAGAAAAAUCCUCAGAUACUUCUAAGGGAGUUACUGCUGAAGAAGGAAAACUGCUGUAUUUCACAGGCGACACCUCAGAAGAAGAAUCUUCUCAUGUUUCCAAUAAAGACAUUUCCCCAGAAGAGACCAAAUCCAUUUCUCUCACUGAGAGUCCCAGCAAGGAAAUCUCUUCAGACCUUUUUGUUAAAGGAAUUUCUCCAGAAGAUCUCAAAUCUCUUAGUUUCACAGAAGAGAUACCUACAAAAGAAAAAACUAUGCCAAACUUCACUGACAAAUUCCCUUCAGAAGCUGUGAAAUCCAUGGGUUUCACAGACCAGAGCCCACCUACAUCUGAAAAAUCAUUAGAAAAUUCUGCCAAAGAACUGAAAGAAGCAUCAAAAUCUCUUCCAUACCCAGAAAGUAGUUCAGUUAAAGACAUGUCACCCAGAGAUUCUUCAACUGAAGAAAUGUGUCCCGAUGACAGCAGUUUAUUUUCUGCAUCAGAAAAGGACCCCUUUAGGGGAAGAGCUGCAGGCUUGUACUCUCAGGAAGUAUCUCCAGAUGCAAAGAGCUUAUACUUUACAGAAUCUAGCCCAACUGAGGAUAAAACAUCUUCACAUACUUUGACUGAAGGUGUAAAAUCUUGCAGGUUCAAGGAAGCUCAAGGAGAAAAGUCUGCAGAAAUGGAAGACUUUUACAUGAAAGAUUUAAGUUAUGAGAAGAAAGUAUGGUUUCCGGAAGAGGUGGAGGAGAUCCCUGUCCAGGGAAAGUGGCAGAGAUGUGACAAAGAGAGAGAGAACACAUUCUUGGAUGAGGUACCAGACUUUGAAACAAAAUCCUUUCCUAAAGUGGGAGAGGAGGGGAUCCUGCCUCCUCCAGCCCCUGGCAGUCACACCUGGAGAGUAGCAGAAAAGGAAGCAUGGGACCCUGAGUUUGGGUAUCUUCAGGAAGGGAGAGAGAGUAGGAGAGGAGGACAGUUACCCAGACAGUUACCCAGUGAGGAGGAUGAGGAGCUCCACCAUGCUGAAGAAAAAUCUGUGCUACUGCAAGCAGAAACAGAAUGUUUCAAGAUGGAAUCACGUAAUUACAAAGAAGACACACAGAAGAGUGUCAAACCUAUGCCAGAAACAAAGAUUCCUGCUGACAUCACUGUCCCUGAAAGAACACAAAGGGAAAGUUCUCCACUGUCGCCUCAGUAUGUCUCUGGUGAGAAAAAUCAGACCAAAGCAUUAACUGGAAACAAAGAAAGGCAAGAAUUGUUGACAUCUAAACAAGAUUACUUAGAUGACGAGGAGAAAGCUGUCUUAGAUACCUGUGCAAAGUCACUAGACCAAGUGCUGACAGCAUCUCCCCUGUCUGCAGCAGGACAGGAGAUUAAGGCAACACCAGGAGCAGAGAGGCCUUGCAAGUUAGACCAGUGCAAGCCACCUUUGUGGGAGGACAUCCCAUCGAAGAUGGCUGAGAAGAAAUCUGACAUGCAUGGAUUGUAUCAGGAAAUAGACUGCAAAUACAAGUCAGACAGAAGGCAAGAGGAUGACUGCAAAUCCACUGAGGGUCUGUAUGACUUUGCAGGAAGAAAAGAGCAGACAACAGCAGCAUCUACUCUAUUGCAAUCUACAAGACCAGAAGAAUAUGAGUAUAUUGCAGCAUCCCCAGAAAAGAGUGCUGAGGUGUCAGGACAGCAAGCACAAUCUCCCCCAGGAAAAAAAAGCAGUGCUGCUGUGGGCCAUGCUGGGGCUCUGGGUGCUGCCAUCCGAGAGGUAUAUCCUCCAGAGACCUAUUCCAAGAGCUUCCCUGAGCCUUAUUCCUAUGAGGAAGGGAUCUGCAGACCCAGAGGUGAUGACAGUUCCACAGGACAGGAGCAAGAAGAAAGAGAACCAACACCCUACCCUGAUGAGAGAAGUUUCAAGUAUGCUGACAUCUAUGAGAAGAUAAUUGCGUCUGGAGUGGGACCCUCCCCCUUCACAGCCAAGGGUGCAGACAGCCCAGGUCACACUGACAAGGUGCUAGUGACAGCACUGAGCUCUCAAAAAUGUCAAAGUUCUCACAUCUCUGCAAAGGAAGAAGAGUCCUGCCUUUACACCUCUGCUGAGAAGGAGUUGUCAUCUCCAGCAUCCCCUAAAGAUAAAGCAGAUUCAGUCUUUGAGUAUACAGACAUCCAUGAAAGAUACUUGCCCUUGUCUGAAACAGGGAAGCCCGGUAUAUCAGGACAGGAAAAACAAAAGAUGUCUUCUGCUUCGCCAGAACUGGAAUCUGCACUGCACCUGUCAUCCACGAGCACAGCAUUUGCCUGUCCCACAGACACAACUGACACUUUUUACCAAGGGAAAUCAUCCACCUGUAUUGGUGCUGUUCGUCCAGAUGAGAACAUCAUUUUGUCUAGCCAGGAGCUGAAAUCUGAAAGCCCAAAUCCCAAAGACACAGAUUAUGAGAAAGCAGAUCGAGGGGAAGAGAGCACAAGUGACACAGAGUUGGAAAAAGGUGCUAAGGAGAAGUCUGAAAAGGAGUCUAAACUGCACAGCCCUGCUGAAGCUGCAGGCACAGACUAUACACACAUCUCAGCCAUGGGCAAGUUCCCUGUCUCAGAGUCCCUCCUGCAGAGCAAGCAUCAGGAACCCCUUUCACCCAGCUCCACUGCUUCUUCCCCCUCUUGUCCAGGCUGGAAAGAGGAGUAUGGGAGUAGGACAGCUGCAUCAGCUGCUGUUGUGGGGGCAUAUGUUGCUGGUUACAGUGAUGUGCCAGACGUGGGAAGAGAUGAAAAAGCUUCAGAAAUAUGCCAUGUAAGGCAAGAUCCUUCACAGAAGAGAGAGGCUGCUGAAAAAUCCGCAAAGCAAUCCCAUUUCCACAUGGCAGAUUAUCCAGGUGCAGCAGUGCUCUCCGAGUGCCAAGAGCAAGCCACAUACCUGAAAUCUGCUUCCAGCAAACAGACAGAGGCACACAAAGGGGGCCCAGGGGUAGAGGGCAGAGGGAUGGAUAGCUCUUCUGGCUUUGAAAGCUCCCUGCUAGGAAAGGGCGACACAGCCAGCAUAUUCAGGCAUGAGCAAACCUCAGCAAGCCGUUUGGGGGAUAUCUCUCUUCCUUUAAAGUCUCCUUGUGCUUUGCUCUCAGACCAGGGGAAGAAAGAUGAAUACUUGGAGGUUUCUGAGAAAAUCAGCAGCCUUGACUCAUCUUUUCCUAAAUUUUCACUGCUGAGUCCAUAUGAAGAAGACAAGCUGUUCUCCAAAGGUGUGGAGAGAGAGUCUGUGCCCCAGCAGCAGCUGAAGGAUGACUCUUCCAGCCUGUCAGAGGAACCUUCAUCUGAAGCCACCACUCCUGUGAUACCGACUACAGCAGAGAGUUUCUACUCCCAUAUGCUUUCCACACACACAGGGGCAGGGAUAGAACCAGGUGCCAGGAGUCCUUGGGAUGUAUCUCCACAGAUUCCAGAUAAUGCUGUGAAAAUAGCUGAAACCAAAGACUUUGUGUUUGCUGAAGAUCAUGGUUCUCCAUUCCCCUGUGGCACCUCUCCAUGCAGGAAGGAGGUCCAGGGCUUGGGGCCAUUCCCUGUGGAACAGCAGCCGCAGCCCUGCAGGAGUAGCCCUGAGCAGAAGGCACCAUUUGCAGAACAGGCAUUGACGCUGACAUGUCUUCCUGAUGUGUUGACAUCAUUUCCUCAUCAGCAGCACGAAGAUGAUACCACAGCCAAUGGUCCAACAGAGGUGAGCACCAGUCUGCAAGCUUUCCAAAGCACAUACCAUGCAGCAGAGGCAAAAGAUGAAAACACAUGUCCUGAUUCUGACAGUAGUUUUUCUCCAUGUGCAGGCAGAGAGGACACAGAGAGGCAAAGUCGUCCUUCCUCUCUGGUAUCCCCUGAACACAGUUUCCAGCCCUUUUUCCCAGAUGUGCAGAGGGGUGGAAAAACAGAGGACCAUGGAGAUGCUUCCCAUGAGAUGGAGCCACGCUUAGGAGGCAGUUUUGAUUGUGGACAGAAAUUUUCCACAUGCGAAUACAAGCAGAGAAAGGGAGAGCUCUCUCCCUCUUUCAUCAACCCGAGCCCCCAUGAGCUCUCUGAAGACAGUGACCUCUCACAGGAGGAUGGUCACCCUUCAGUGCAGGGGAGACCACCCCACACUGGGAGCAGCCCCAUGCAAAGUGCCACAGUGGAGGAAACCCCUCCAACGUCAGUGAGUGACUCUGGAACCUCCCAGUCUGACUCGGAUGUCCCACCUGAGACUGAGGAAUGUCCGUCCAUCACAGCAGAUGCUAACAUGGACUCGGAUGAAGAUGCCGAUUUCCUCCCAGUGGACAAAGCUGUGGGGAAUGCUCAUCAUGCCAGUUCGAGGUCCAGCCACGAUCCUCAACCUGUUCCAAUGGUAGAUCCCCAUCCCCACCCUCCUCACCCUGAUGUCUGCAUGGUAGACCCGGAUGUGUUGGUAAAUGAGCAAAACAUGAGCAGAACUGAUAAAAUUUCCAAGAAAGACAUAAAAGAAAAGAACAAAGGUGUAAGGAAACCUUUGAGCAAACCCAAAUCUUCCUCACCUGCCCGGAAAUUGGACAUGAAAGGGAAACGAUCGCCUACUCCUGUGAAACAGCUGUCGGACAAAUCUCCAAAAUCUAUCACUGCCAAAAAAGAAAGAGAUGGAGGAGAGAAGCCCAAAGCACGAAGUGCACUGAUGCCAGAGGAUGAGCUGUCCCGGAGUAGCCAUGGCAACCCUGGCAAGAGCCUCCUUAACGGUAUCAAAACAAGCCCUGCUUCCAACAAUCCAAGAAGCAGUUUGUCUGUGCCUAUGGGUCCACCCGUCUAUGUGGACUUGGCCUACAUCCCCAAUCACUGCAGUGCGAAGAACACAGACCCCGAGUUCUUCAAAAGGGUCCGAGCAUCCUAUUAUGUUGUGAGUGGGAAUGAUGCAGCCAAUGGAGAACCAAGCCGUGCAGUGCUGGAUGCACUUCUGGAAGGGAAGUCACAGUGGGGGGAGAACCUGCAGGUGACAUUGAUCCCAACACAUGACACUGAGGUGACACGAGAAUGGUACCAACAGACCCAUGAGAAACAGCAGGAGCUAAACAUCAUGGUACUGGCAAGCAGCAGCACUGUCGUGAUGCAGGAUGAAUCUUUUCCAGCCUGUAAGAUUGAAUUCUAAAUCUCCCACA